CACGGGCUGGCUGACGUCAUCACGGGUAUCCCGGGAAUGCCAGGGCAUUGCGUGGCAUCGUGGGUGUCCCAGGAAUGCCGAGGCAGUGGGACACGGGCUGGCAUUGCAGCUGUCCUGGGAAUGUUGGGACAGUGGGAUCACCUUGGGAUGGUGGGAUCACUGUAUGCGAUGGUGGCGUCACUCCUUGGAAUGAUGGGAUCAUUCCAUGGGAUGGCAGGAAAACAUCUUGGAAUGGCGGGGUCACUCCUUGGAAUUGGGGGGUUACUCCUUGGAAUGGCAGGAUCAUUCCUUGGGAUGGUGGGAAAGGUCCUUGGAAUGGCAGGUUCACUCCAUGGGAUGGUGGGAUCACUCCAUGGGAUGGUGGGAUCACUCCAUGGGAUGGUGGGAAAACUUGGAAUGGUGGGAUCACUCCUUGGGAUGGUGGGAAAACCACUUGGAAUGGGAGAAUCUCUCCUUGGGAUGGCGGGAUCACUCCUUGGAAUUGGGGGAUCACACCAUGGAAUUGGGGAGGUCACCCAUUGGAAUGGGGGGGAUCACUCCUUGGAAUGAUGGGAAAAAACCUUGGAAUUAUGGGACAUGACUCAUUAGAAUGGCAGGAAAACUUCUUGGAAUGGCGGGAUCCCUCCUUGGGAUGGCAGGAAAACUUGGAAUGGUGGGGUCGCUCCUUGAAAUGGGGGGAUCACUCCACUGGAUAGUGGAAAAACUUCUUGGAAUGGUGGGAUCACUCCAUGGAGUGGCAGGAUCACUCCCUGGGAUGGAGGGAUCGCUCCUUAGAAUUGGGGGAUCAUUUUUUGGGAUGGAGGGGGGAUCAGUCCCUGGAAUGGAGGGCGUCACUCCUUGGAAUUGAGGGAUCACUCCAUGGAAUGGUGGGAAAACCUCUUGGAAUGGGGGAAUCGCUCCAUAGAAUGGGGGGAUCACUCCAUGGAUUGGUGGAUUGGUGGGAUCACUCCUUGGGAUGGCAGGAAAACUUCUUGGGAUGGAGAAAUCACUCCUUGGGAUGGGGGAUCACUCCUUGGGAUGGGGGAUCACUAAAGCACAGACAAACGACUUUCCAACUAAUUAAAGCUGGAAAGAAGGGUGUUUAUUACAACAUGGGCACGAGCAGAAUAUUGGAAUUAUUUCCCAAAGCCAUUCGUGGGCAGUCGCAGACUCCUGCUCCCUGUUUAUCCAAAAAUGCUUUACAUAUUCACGCGGUUUUUAAGGACACAUAAUGCAUAUUCAUUACCUGUAUUAUAAUCAGCUGAAUAUUCAUUAGGGCUGCAUAAUUGUUCUCCCUUAAUUGGGGUCGGUGGGGUUUUGAAAUGAGGGAUGGGCGUACGGGAGGAAGAAAAAUCAUCUUCCUCACUGAACUCUUCGCCCAUGGCCAGUCGGACCUUUUGGCCUGCUGGUCACAGUCUAAGUCUGUCCUAACUCUUGGAUUAUUCUUAAAACCAGGAUUUUUAUGGCUCCUGCCCUUUUACCAUGCUCCAUCCAUCCCCGUCGCUGGGAAUUUUAUUUUUCCUGAUAUUUUUGUUACUCUUUAACCAGAGUACGCGAUUCCUGCUAGCGACAUUUCUGACUUAACUCCUUAAUUUAUUUAAAACUUGAACUGAAACAUGCAGUAUUUUACUGUCUUAAUUAUAGUUCCAGCCAGCUCCUGGACUCAUCUGCACUUUUCAAUUAGCCUAAUUACACUUCCAGCUGGCCCCUGGACUCAUCAUGCCUUGGAAUGGGGGGAUCACUUUUCCCACAUUUUCCUCCUUUCUUCCUUUUCCAUUUUCCCUGUUGUUCUCCCUGCUGUCAUCCCAAUUUUCCCUAUUAUUUUCCCUGUUGUUAUCCCUGUUUUCCCUAUUGUUUUUCCUGUUGUCUUCCCUGUUGUUAUCCCAGUUUUCCUUGUUAUUUUCCCUGUUGUUAUCCUGAUUUUCCCUGUUGUUUUCCCUGUUGUUAUCCCGAUUUUCCCUGUUAUUUUCCCUGUUAUUUUCCCUGUUGU